AUGGCCGAGCUGAGGGAGUUUGGCCUGGACGAGGGACACUCGGCGUCACUGAACUCCAGCCUGUCCGGCCUGUCCAUGGUGUCCCUGAUCCCAGCCCAAGACCUGGAGCAGCUGCUGGAGGAGGUGAAGGGCCUGGGAGAGGAGAGCCAGCAGCACCUCCAGGAGAUCCAGGUGGUCGUGCUGCACAAGGACGAGGGGGCCGGGCUGGGCUUCAGCCUCGCAGGGGGGAGCGACCAGCACAAGAGGGUGACGAUCCACCGCGUCUUUGCCAGCGGCCUGGCCGCCCAGGAGGGCACCAUCCAGCCAGGGGAUGAGGUUCUCUCCAUCAACGGGCACUCGCUGACGGGCUGCAGCCACGUGGAGGCGCUGCGAACGCUGCACCGGGCCCGGACCGCCCGGCAGGCCAUUGUGGUGCUGCGGAAGGGGGGAGUGGAUGGGCUCCCCAACGUUUCCCUCCCAGCGCCGGGCCCACAGCCUCCUCCAUCCGCACCAGACACCAUGGUGAGGCCCCUGCAGGUGGUGAAAGACGCCAACGGACUCAGAUUCAGCCUGGACGGGGGACGGGGGUCGCUGCAGGGGGACAGGCCACUGACCGUCAAGAAGAUCUUCCAGGGGGGCCCCAAGGACCUGCUGCAGCCUGGGGACGAGGUGCUCCAGAUCGAGGAGAGGAGCCUGCAGGGGCUGAUGCGGCUCGAGGCCUGGCAGCUCAUCAGGGCCCUGCCCGUGGGACCCGUCCAGCUCCUCGUGCGAAAGAAGGCAAAGCCCUGA